AUGUUUUUGCCCAAGAUCUUUGCCCGUCCUGAUGACGAGCCCCCCGUGCAGAGGGGGGCUUUGGAACCCAGUAAUGAGAAAACGACGGACAACGAAACUCGAAUAACUGCCCAGGCGAACGACGAUGCUUCGUCUAUUGAAGUUCAGGAUGGGGUGCUGAAGAUGGAGGCAGUCUCCCAAGUAUGGAGCAGGAACCACAUCAUCAUCGCAUAUGUCUUCAUCUGGAUCAUCUACUUUAUGGACUCGAUGCAUUCAAGCAUGUCAUUCACACUCUCAGCAUACGUCACCAGUUCAUUCCAACAACACGGUCUCACCGCAACGACCAACGUUUUCGCCAACUUAAUCGGCGGCCUCUUCAAGCUCCCGCUCGCCAAGAUCCUCGACAUCUGGGGCCGACCGCAAGGAUUCGCUCUAGUCGUCUUCUUCCUGGUAAUAGGGCUCGUCAUGAUGGCGGCGUGUCAAAAUGUCGAGACGUAUGCGGCCGCGCAGGUCUUUUACUGGAUCGGAUUCAACGGCAUAGCCUACACUUUGCAGGUCUUCAUCGCAGACACAUCUGAUUUGAAGAACCGGGCUUUCUUUUUCGCAAUGACAACGUCGCCGUUUCUGAUUACCACCUGGGCGAGUGGUCCUGCGGCGAGUAGCUUUCUUACUGGCGCGGGUUGGAGAUGGGCGUUUGGAACGUUUUCCAUUGUGGUGCCUGUGGUUUGCGCGCCGAUUCUGCUCUUGUUUGUUUAUAACUAUUUCAAGGCGAAGAAAAUGGAUGUCUUGCCGGCGAAGCAGCCGAGCGGGCGGACUGCUUUCGAAACAGCAAAGUAUUAUUUUAUCCAGUUUGAUGUCGUGGGGUUGCUGUUAGCCGCAGCUGGUAUGGCGCUGUUCCUGCUGCCGUUCAAUAUUUACCAGUUCCAGGCGCAGCAGUGGCGGUCGCCGAUGAUUAUUGCCAUGGUUGUGGUGGGUGUGGUUCUUCUCGUUAUAUUCGCCCUGUAUGAGAAGUUCGUGGCACCAGUUCAGUUUAUUCCCUAUAAGUUGCUGGUUGACAGGACCGUCAUGGGCGCAUGUGUUUUGGGCGCCAUCAUCUUUGUCAGCUUUUAUAUCUGGAAUGGCUUCUUUUCGUCGUUCCUCCAGGUGGUUGUUGGGCUGACGGUGACGGAAGCGACCUACGUUGGACGCAUCUACAACAUGGGAAGUUGUUUCUGGGCAUUGGUUGUCGGUGGUAUUAUCCGAUGGACUGGCCGUUUCAAAUGGCUAGCUCUCUAUUUUGGCGUGCCGCUCAUGAUUCUGGGGAUUGGGCUCAUGGUGCAGUUCCGCCAGCCCGGGGUUCAUGUUGGGUACAUUGUCAUGUGCCAGAUUUUCAUCGCCUUAUCUGGAGGCACGCUUGUCAUUUGUGAACAAAUGGCUGUCAUGGCGUCAGUCUCCCACCAGCACGUUGCUGUUGUUCUGGCAAUGCUGGCCAUGUUCACGAGUAUUGGAGGAGCGAUUGGGUCCAGCGUCUCGGGGGCCAUUUGGAAUGGUGUUUUCCCCGACAAGAUUGCUGAGUACCUCCCUCCAGAGACAAAGGACCAGGCGAUGCUUAUUGUCGGGAAUCUGUCCAAGCAGCUUGAGUAUCCUUGGGGCAGCCCGACCCGUAUAGCUAUCAUGGAUGCCUAUGGAGCUGCUCAAAGGAUCAUGCUUAUUUCUGCUACUGCGCUCGUCUGUUUCAGCUUGGUUGCUGUUGUUGUAUGGCGUGACAUUAAAGUCAAGGACUUUGAUCAAGAGAAGAAGACAACUGCAUGA